UAGAAAGAUGUGUCUAGAAAAGGAUUUUAGAAAAUAGAAAUACAGUCAUUUGGAGAUAUAUAUUUUAUCUUAUCUUUUGCGGACCAAAUAAAAGCUUAGAAGUUUAGAUACGAAAAUAUAAGUUUCUUGUAAGAUUGUAUUUCUUUAAGACAGAAUUGAUAAAAAAAGCCUGAACUAAUUCUUAAUUCAAGGAUUCACAUAGUUAUAUACUUUAUCCAAGAUACUUAAAUUAAAUAUAAAAGUAAAAAUUUUGUAUUUAAUUUAUUCGGUUUAACUAUAGCAACAAAGUAAAAGAAUUUCUUCUAUGGGAUAUGAAUAAUUGAUAAAUUUAAAACUGUAUUCAGAAAAUGAACACAAAGUUAUUUUAAAUAAAAUUGAUCCAGUUCAAAUCCUCUAGAGAAUGUGUUGACAAAACAAGUGAAUGAACUAGAAUUAGUAGCAUGACGUAGCAAAUUCCAGAAAUACAGUCAUUGUUGCUAUAGUGACAGACUCCUUUUUUUGUAUUUCAACUGCAGUACAAUCAGCGUAUCAACAAACUGCAGACUUAUAUUUGGAUAUUAUAUAUAUAAACUGCAAAGUUUGCAGAAAUGAAAUGUAAUAUAGCAUGCAGUCACAAGAUCUCAUUAUCAUAAGCACAUUUGAGCUUCUGCAAAAUAAUAACAUCCUGCUAGGGGAGGUACAUUAUACCCGCUUUUGAUAACAGAAAGUCAGUGCCAUGUUUUCAGCUACAACAGGAAGGGGUAUCAUCUGAUUAUUAAAAUUGAGCUUGAGUCACUCCCUGCCUGAUGAUUAUACAGCGGACUCUCAUCGCAUUUGAUGACUAAUUGCUUGUAAAAAGAGCUGGUCUCACAGAUAGUUGUUCUCUGCUCUAUUAGGAUCGACACGAAAAAAGAAAGGAAAGAGGCAACACUGGUCCCGCAUCUCUCGCUCCAUGACGACGAUUACGAAUCGAUCUCUAUAAGCGAGGGGAGAAAAAACUCGACUGCCAGCAAGAUCUAUAUAUAUAUUUUUUUUUGCAAAAAUGUUCACUCGGCCGAGCGUAAAUACUGGCCGAUGUUUCAUCAGACGAUGGCAAUUCUCCGUCGGUUUCGGAAUAUAUCGCAUUGAAAAUAAGUACUUAGACAGUGCGCAAGAAGAAUGUUUAUCCGUCAAUUUCCCAAUAACAGGCAUCAUUUUCGCGCGUAACUCCGAUACGGGAACAAGGUAAACAUUCGAUGACCUUGAAAAUCGCUUUUAUUUUCGAAACUGUAAUGCUUUUAUUGGAAAUUGUUGUGACAUCGAUUAUCUUCACUUUGUUCGAGUAGGUGAGUUGUAUCUAUAUACCGUUGGAUUGCCAUUUUCAAAAACAAAAGCCAAACCUAACCUUUCAGCAUAGCAUCAAUCUAUACCUAUACUACCAAUUUCUCAAGCUUCGCUAAAUUAACUGUUUCAAUUUUGUGACUAAGCUGGCGUGACAAUAGCUUAUCGAAAAUCUACAACCGAAACGGCUACCCACACAUCGUUAUCCGACAACGACAACAUUACACGGCGAUCGUAUCACAAAAAAAGAAUAACAAAGAGAGACGGAGAGAGACGGAGAGAGACGGAGAGAGACGGAGAAAGAGGGAGAGAGAGGGGCACGAAAUAAACGGCUCACGUAGCCGUGAGCGUGACUUGUUGCAAUUGAGUAACGCAAAAAUAAGUUGGUUUUCUGGGAAGUCGGCCAGAAGCAACAACGAAAAAAAGAAGAAGAAAGAUCUUCGUCGAGCCUCGGGCUAAAGAGGCAUCAUGCAGACGCGUCUUCGAAUAAUCGUCGUUACAAACAACAAAGAAAAGCGAGUUUGGUCUUAUCAGUAGCUGCAAUGUUGCCCGGGAAAAUUGCGGAGCAUCGACAUAUCGCGCGACGUGACGACGGUAGGCAAAAUCACAAACUUCAGAGGGUCCUUUAUCACUCGGAUACUUUCUAAUCAAACCAAGAUUAUCGAAUCAUGGACGGGGAGAUGGCGAAAUCGGUGCGAAAUCCGUACCCAGUGCCGGAGCUGUCGAGAGAAGGACGCUGGUACGCAGAAGGUCCGGUACUAGGGGAGAAUGUUUGCGCAGAUGAGAGACGAUGGUACUCAAAACUGGAGCCCCACGAGAGACUCUUCUCCCAUCAGACGCUGACCAGUGCUCGAAGGGAUUGCCGCUACCGCUCCGUUGAGGUUCCCAGAGACUCGCUAGACUUGAUGCUAUCUUCCGUCUACAUACACGACCGAGACUUGUUUCUACCAAAAAUGUACGUGAUGAUGCAACCGGAAACCGUCAAUCGAGAGACCUGGAGGGUGUUGCGCAACGAAAUUAAGGUCUAUUCGAAAGCGCCGGUGCCGCUGGGCCACGAGAUUAAAUACGCCGAUAUCGAGCCGAAAGGAUGUGCCGAGUCGUCGAGAGCUACAGUAGGACUAAAGGACCGAGUGAGGAAUAAAAUUCACCCGAGCAGUCUUCAGCUGGCAAUCGAAGGACCGCACACCGACCGAACUAAUCCCGGUUAUAGCAGGAAAAUUGAUGGAACGUAUUACGGCAUCUGAGGCUCUGUAUGUCGGGAAUUUUUCGCCGCUGCGAUUGAAGAAAAAAGUUGAAGGAAAAACGAUAAACGCGCGCCUCGCGACGUUCGAAUUUAUUCUCUUAUAUUAAUAAACCGAGGAUCAGUGCAAAUUUUAUUAUUCGCGCGCGGUGCAUCGAUAGCGGCGUGAAUCAUUAUUUUGACGAUUUCGCGCGCCAACGUAGCACCUUAUCCUGCUGCUUUUCUUAUGGCUAUACGCAGCAGCUCUCUCUAGGAGCUGCGAUUGAAUUAUAUCUUCGGAAGCCGCCGCGCACUCGUCAUAUAUAAUACAAUAAGGCUCUAUAUCUGAUCUUGUUGACAAAUUGGCUCGUGCGCCGACGCUAUCGCGCGCGGGCAUCGCGCAGGAAGAAGGGUGAGGCCCGUUCUGUCUCUCUCGUGAAUCGUGUUAUACCUCGACGCGUCGUGUACACUUUGAUAUCUCACACUUUCGAACCCUCGGCUUUGGUAUUAUAUUAUAUUGUAAUUCCCUUUUAUCAUCUCUCGGCGUUUAAUCCCGGCGACGAGCUGCCUAAUCAGUUUUCACGCAUUAGUAAUCUCGGCUGAUUCGAGCCUACAGCUGCCGUCCUUGUGAAUUAGACGCUCGUCUCUGUUUUAUAAAUGUAUACGAGAAGCGAAAAUUGCGAAUAAAGUCGAGUUUGAAAA